CCGAGCUCCCGAUUGUUGCUCCUUAUGCGUCCCGCUCUUGCUCAUCCGUUACCGUAGGGGAGUCACGUCGAUAGCUCAGAGUCGCGGCGUGACCUACCCUAGAUUCCGGCGUCGAGCUUCGACGCCGGCUGAGCCAGGGUGUCUCACGACGAGCCAGCGUGUCUCACGGCGCUGAAUCAGCGUUGUGGUAGCGAUGGCGGGAUAUGAGCCUCCGCCGUUUAGAGACGGUAGCAGCGGGCGAUCAGGCAGCACGGAUCUGCACACCGAUCUGUACGCGUUAUUGCACGUCUCGCGGGACGCGUCUGACGAUGAGCUGAAACGCGCGUAUCGCCAGCUCGCUUCGGUGUACCACCCUGACAAGUACCCCUUUCCGCAGAUGCAAGAUGUCGCCAAGGAUCACUUUCAGCGGAUCCGAUCCGCCUACGAGGUUUUGUCCGACCCGGCCAAGAGGCAGGUGUAUGACCUGUACGGCAUAGAGGGCGUGGUGUCGGGCAUGGAGCUAGGCCCACACCUGCGCACGAGGCAGGAGAUACGGGAGGAGUGGGAGCGGGCGCAGAGGAGGAGGGAGGAGCUGAAAGCGGCGAUGCGCACCCAGCACUCGUCCUCCAUGCUGCUGUCUGUCACUGCUGCUGAUGCCCUGGCGUCAGGAUUUCAACGCUUCCCCAGAAUCACAGGUAUGCACAUGUCAACCCAAGUCCAAGCGGCGCUAUCCGACAAGGACACGUUAGUCCUGGGCGGCUCCAUGCUCAUGAGGCGCGUGGCGGGGGGCGGCUCCAUGGUGGCGGUGUUUCGCAGACAGAUGGAUGCAUACCAGACGGCCGAGCUGGUGGCAGUUGUUGGGAUUCGAACCCAGCUCACUCUGUCUACUGCACGUGUCGCCGUCCGUGAAGCGACGGCAGGGGUGACGUGGCAUGCUGAUGAUGGCUCGCUGUCAUUGGCCAAUUCGUGGACGUCCCAGAUCACAGAAUCCACUGCAGCAUCUAUCAACAUUGGGUUGGGAGCCGAUGGAGGUGCAGGAGUGGGGUGGCACACACAAAAGGACAAGAAUAAUUUCAAUGCAGAGCUUAAAGUGGGAGCAGGUUUGUCCUCAGGGGGCUCACAGCGACUUCGUCAGAAGGUUCCAGAACAUUCAUCAGGGAGAAUACACGGCAGGCUGGGAACCACAGGAGCAGACGUGGAGGUGGGUGGCAGCAGGAAGAUAUCGGACAACAGCUCUUUGGGGUUCUUUGUCACCAUGGGGCUCCAGGGCACACUAUGGAAGGUUCGCUACUCUCGAGGCGGCCAGAAGGUCACUGUGCCUGUAAAUUCUCCUCUCCCCACUCUACGACCAGCCAUCAGCGUUCCGGCCAUUCUCAUUCCCUCGGUCACAUACGCUGUCCUUAAGCAUUGGGUGUUCAGCCGGUGGAAACAGAUCCGGGAGGCUCGGCAGGACCGGGAGGUUCGGCAGAAGUCAGCUAAGCAGGUCUGGGAGUCCAUGGCUGAGGCUCGGCAGCUCCAGGACAUGAUGACCCCGGUGGUAACCAGACGGGUAACCGCGUUACAGCAGCGGCAAAACGGCAACGCUCUGAUGAUCAUAUCGGCGAAAUACGGACGCCUGGGAGGAGCUGGGGGGGAAGGAGAGAGGGAGAGUCGAAACGAGAGCACGAAUAGUGGCAAUGGCAGUGGCAGUGGGGUAGUGGUAGUGGUAGUGGUGGUGGUAGUGGUGGGAGGGAAGGGGAAGGGAGAAGAGCUGCAUCUGGAAUUGGCUCGAUGUUUGAGAGAAUAGGCGGGCUGCUCAGGAGAGGUUUGGGAGGAAUCGGAGGGGGAGGAGGAGGAGGAGAGGAGGGACAACACACUACAGGUGCGUGCGAGGUGCUUGCGCUGCUCCUCUGUGCGUGAGUAUGGGAUGAAGAUGAGUGGGAGCGGAGAGCGUGGUGCUGCGUACCUCCUGCAGUGUGGGAUGUGCGCAUUCCACUGCAAUUCCUUGUCGAUGAUGCAAGCAACACGCUGCAGGUGAGUGUCUGAGUGUGUAUGUGUGUAUGGGUGAUGAGUUAGUGUGCGCAUGUACGUGCAUAUCUGCAUGUAUGCAUCUUCGCAUUCUUCUCUUUCUCCUCCCCUGCUACCCAAGCCACGCCCAAUGGACUGCUCGGGGCCCCAGCGCCCAAUGGACUGCUCGGGAUCCCAGCGCCCGAUGGACUGCACGGGAUCCCAGUGCCCGAUGGACUGCUCGGGAUCCCAGCGCCCUAUGGA